UCAGUAGCCGAAGGAAGGCGCGAGACUGUGCCGCGGUGCAUUCUGGUUCGGUAAAUUCGCACUUUGCGAUCACAAAGUGGAGCGAUUGAACUCGAGCGUCUGCUGUUAUCAAACGAUGGGUGAGUGUGCAGAGGCUCUGCGCACGCGCAGUGGAAACCCCGGAGCCGCAGGAGAUCAGCGCUGGUAAGCCAAAUUUCAAAUCCCUAAAUGUGCAAACGCGAUUAAAUUUUGCAAAUUUUAACUGCAAAAAAUGAAUUUCGAAGGUUUUUCUUUUUUUAAAAAAGAGGUUUGAAUUUGGUUUUUUACAUUUUUGUUUUCUUUUUAUUUCAUAUUUUUGAUAAAACGUGUUUGCGUUAUCGAAAAGGCUUCACUCUAAAUGUGAGAUAUUUGAUAAAAAUAGCGUGCGUUUAAAUAACGAAGCAAAAAUGUGUUCACAUUUAUUUUUUUCGCUGUGGUUACUUGAAUAUCUGACGCGGUUCAUGGAGGCAAACACCCCUUCCACUGAAAUGCAGCGAAAACGCUUCCUUUUUUUCCUCUGGAGUGGGCUUUUCCUCAGCUGACUGUUAUUAUAUUUUACUUGCUUCGUGAAUUUUAGAUCCUCCGCCAUUUUAACUGAAACGCUAUAUUUUUGUGUGGCAGACUUGGGAGCUUGAGCGUAAAUAUAGUUGUUGCUAUUUUUUUUUUUAUUGUUAUUUUCUUAUUUGAGGUAAUGGAUGCCACCAAGUCACAGCUUUCAAGAAAUGUUUGUUGGUGAAUUUAAAUGUUUUAAAUAAAGUUUUUAUUCAAAAUAGCAAAAUUUCCCCUCUAGUGGGUUAUAACCUUUCUAUAAUUAGAUACCAAGUGGUUGGAAAAUGUAUGUACAAAUGGAUGAGAAAAAAUGUACUCAAUUUUUCUGAUCAAGUCGGUGUUUUUAAUUUAAAAAAAAAAAACAAUUUCAAGGUUGAAAUGCCUUGAUUGAUCUGAAGAUUACAUUGAUUUCACUUUUCAGAUAAGCCUCAAUAUAAUUUCCUGCUCCAAACCUCUGAUCUGGUGACAUUUGUGUCAUUUUUUUCUUGUGUUGUAUGUCAGUGCCCAAGCACAAAAGUCUGGGAUUCACAAAUGAGUGCCAAAGUGAACAUGGAGGCUCGAUCCAAAGAACCCGACUGCAACCCCAUCGACCCUUCGUCCUCCUCUGCCACCGAGACCAUCCUCAUAUGCGGUGCUGACAGCACUGUCAAAAAGAGCCGACCUCAGCCCCACACCACCACAGCUCUCCUCCUGCCAGCUCCGAGUCAUCAGAAGGUUGAGUUGACCCCCACUGUUGCAGUGGCAAACUCAGGCAAAGGCAGCAGGGCCAACGAGAUGGCUACGCCCGCCCUAACAGCUCAGAUGGGCACGGCUUGUAGCAUCGUACACGUCCUGGAGUGGAAGGAAGGGAUGGCCAUUCUGCCCAGUAGUAACUUGAAGUUUUGUGUUAGUGACGUAGGAACUCUGAGCACACUUAUAACCCCAGGAACCACCGGCGGAACCACUGAACCUGCAGUGGGCUCUUCAGGAAGAUCCAACGAUGCUGAAAACCCUCCAGGCAAGCCAGUGUUGACGUCAGUACCGGAGGUGUCUGCACCAGUCAGCACUUUGAGAGCUGAAGUAGUUGAACCACAGCGGUUGGUGUCAGUCAAGCCCGAAGUAUUGAGUGGACCAGGGACACAAAACCAUGAGCCCAGAGCUCAGAAACCGCCUACAGAGGAGCUACGCAGGGACCCAAUCACUGACAAGAGAAGCAUCAGCAUCGAGAAGGUUCCAGCGGGGGGGAAGGUCAGCUCUCUUAACCCGGACCACCUGAAAGCCAUGAGGAAGAGGAAGAGGAAGGAGUAUCUGAGUCCCUCUGAGGAAGACUCGGACAUGGACGGCACAGAUGAGAAGAUGGAUGAUGGAAAAAUGGACAGUCGACACAUCAGAGGAGGGGACAGUAAAACAGAGCAGUGGACAUGGGCUCAGUAUCUGGAGGAAACCAAAGCUGUUGCUGCUCCAAACAAGCUCUUCCAAGAGACGCAGAGGGUGCCCACAGUGAAGAACGGCUUUAAGCAGGGGAUGAAACUGGAAGGCAUCGAUCCGCAGCAUCCCUCCAUGUACUUUGUCCUCACUGUUGCUGAGGUCUGUGGUUACCGGCUGCGUCUGCAUUUUGACGGCUACUCUGACUGUCAUGACUUCUGGGUGAACGCCAACUCCCUGGACAUCCACCCUGCUGGCUGGUGCGAGAGCACAGGGCACAAACUGCACACUCCCAAAGGCUGUAAGGAAGAAGAGUUUACUUGGAACAACUACCUGAAAAUGACUAAAGCUCAAGUGGCUCCUAAAGAACUGUUUUCCAGUCCUGGCAGAAUUGAUGUGAAUUGUGGCUUUGAGAUCGGGAUGAAGCUGGAGGCAGUUGACCGCAUGAACCCUUCCCUCAUCUGUGUAGCAACUGUCACCGACGUGGUGGACGACCGCUUCCUGGUUCAUUUUGACAACUGGGAUGACACAUACGACUACUGGUGUGAUGCCAGCAGUCCAUACAUUCAUCCUAUUGGUUGGUGUCAAGAGAGGAACCUCCCCCUCACACCACCCCAAGGUGACCAACACUAUCCAGACCAAGGCCGGUUCUCCUGGUCUCUGUAUUUGGAGGAGACUGGUGCUAAAGCUGUAGCUGCAGAGGUCUUUAAAGUGAGAGCACCUCAUAGCUUUCAGCCUCAGAUGAAACUUGAGGCUGUGGACAAGAGGAGCCCGGGUCUGAUAAGAGUGGCCACAGUGGAGGAAGUUGAGACUCAUCGCAUUAAGGUCCAUUAUGAUGGCUGGAGUCACGUCUACGACGAAUGGAUGGACUCGGAUCACCCAGACAUUCAUCCCGCCGGCUGGUGUGAAGCGACUGGUCACCCGCUGAAAGUUCCUCCGCGGGAUGUCAAAACGCAACAACCUCAAGGUGUGAGGGAGUUUCCUGCCACAGGCCAGUCCACCUACCCUUCCUCUGUUUCCUGUAAGCCCAUCAGUCACCAGAGAACAAGCAAGUACAGCUUCCAUAACAGGAAAUGUCCAACUCCCGGCUGUGAUGGCUCGGGUCACGUGACCGGGCGUUUUACCGCCCAUCACUGCAUUUCCGGCUGUCCAUUGGCGGAGCGUAACCAGGGCCGGCUGAAGGCCGAUCUGUCGGACUCGGAGUGCAAGAGAAACAUCUUCUUUGGCCAGAGAAGCAAGAAAAAUCAUUACCGUGGCAGGUACAGGAUUGGUCGUCCCCCAAAAUACAGAAAGAAUCAACAGAGAGAGUACCAGAGUAUGUCAUCAGAGGGAGUUUAUUCAUCGCUGUUCAUGUCAGCUCUGAGCGGCCAGUCGGAUCGCACCCUAUCUCUGUGCUGGGAGCAACACUGUAAGCUUCUGCCAGGCGUUCAGGGCAUUCACGCCAGCCAGGUGGCAGCAUGGAGUGUUGAGGAGGUCUUCCGGUUUGUCCAGAAUCUGAUUGGUUGUGAAGAGCAAGCUCGUCUCUUCAAAGAAGAGAUGAUUGAUGGGGAAGCGUUCCUGCUGCUGACUCAGACCGAUAUUGUGAAGAUCAUGAGCAUCAAGCUAGGCCCCGCCCUCAAGAUUUCCAACGCCAUCCUCAUGUUUAAAACCACGGAUGAGGGACUAAAGUGAUCCCACGCUUUACCGGCUGUGGAAGAGCGGAUGACCAUUUGGACAUCAGUCAUCAUGUGCCAAAUUCAUUCUGUUGCAGGGUAAACUCCCUGAGUACUUUUUCAUGUGUUUGCUGUCCUGUGCCCAUCAGAGAGAAGGAGGGGAAAAUGGGGUUCAGUCAGGGAAAAAAAUAAUGCUGUGAAUAGAAAUAAAUAGAAACCUGUGGGGAAAAAAAGAGGAAUGUUGUUUUUUGAGAAAAACUGGUGCAAUGGUUUUCCCAAAUGGUGUCUUAGUUCCAGUACAAUGAUGUUUAUGAAAACCCUAAAAACAUCAACAUCUGUGGUGCAUCUCCUGUCUGUGCCCCAAACCCAAAGCACAUUCUCAGGCACAUGCUGGGACGACAAAUUUAAACCAAAAGCUGAUUUAAAUUUAAAAUUAAAGCUAAAACAAAUGUUCAAAAACCCGCUCACACCAAAAACAGUGUGUAGUGAUGCACUUAAAAUUAAGCUAUUGUUGACUUGUAUGUGAAAUUAUUAGUGGACAGGAAGAGAUUUAAAAUCAUAAAUGCAGGAACAAAACUACAAACCCUGAAUAUGAGACACAACAUAAAAGUUAAAUACAAUCAGUGAGGUUCCUGUGAGCCUUAUGCAGCGUUGUGCAAUAAAGGAAAAGGUACUGUAUUUAAAAGCACUUAAAAUUACAGCUCCAUGAUGAUUGCACUGUAACCGCCUAAUUGGAAAACAGAAUGAUACUGUAUUAUUCAGACCUCUGUUGUUUUUUAGUAGAGAUAAGUAUUAUUUAUUUGUGAAUUACAAUUUAUGCUAAAGCUAACAUUACAGAUGUAUUCCUCAAAAUGUUAUUGUUUGCUCUUGAAUAGGAGAAAAAAUGCAGGGUUUCACUUUUUACGUCUACAUGAGAUUUUUUUAAAUAUGGAUAGAACAAGAAGAAAGCAACCCUUGGGCAUUUUAGCACAACUGUAAAACCAAAUGGAUUUUACAGAAUGGUAUUUCCUGUUUGGUCACUAGAGAGUGCAAAAAUCAAGAUUUAUUUUGCACUACAAAUGUGUUUUGGUAUCUGAUCAGUGGAGUUCUCCACUGUUUACAUGUAAUGGACACUCGGUUCAGAGUGUGUUUAUGUUUACAGUUUAUGUCAGAGUUGGUAUUAAAAAAAAGCUGUAUGGGGUUUAUAUUGUGAGAAAAAAGUUGAAUGUUUUAAGGGCUCUUGGAAUAUUAUAUCUUUGUGUGUCUCUCUGGUGGGAUUUGUGUGUCUGUCAAGAUAAUCUUGAGUCACAAAUACCAUUCAAUCCAUAUCAAUAAACAUCAAAAACUGUCUGGUCUGA